AAUAUUACCUUAUUUUUUAUUUAACAAAAAGAGAAAGAAUAAAAACAUAAUUUUUUCCUAAAAUUACUAUUUUAAAAAUGAUAAGAAAUGUAGGUAAUACAAAACAAUCUAGAUCAAUCUCCUUACAAUUGUAAAUCUUUUUGGAUUUUAUUACAAUAAUUUGAAUAGUAUAGUCGGCACAGACUAUAGAGUAUAGAUUAUAGAAUGCACGCGGUAUACCACUAAUUUAUUGCUAUUCACUAGAAACUAUAUAGAUAUUGCGAUUAUCGGUGUUCUGAGUAAUAAUCAUUUUACCACUGCCUACUGCAGUACUGCACACUUUGAGUUUGCGUGAUUUUGCAAUAUGUGAGUGUGGGCACAUUUAUAUACAACUGUCAACAUUUAUAUUUAACAGUCAAUAUAACCAUGUUAAUAAUUAAUAACUGUAAAUGUUUGACUUUUUUAUGAUCGUAUAUGAAUAAUAUAAAUAUAUAAUAUACAAUCGUUAAUGAUUGCUAUUAUCUAUAACGCGUAUUAUAAUAUAACACGGACAAAUGUUUGAAAAAUGUGUGAUUUAUUAAGAAUUAAUAUUUAAGAAAAUAUCAUAAUAAAAAUGUGUGCCUCUGUGUCAUAAAUAACUUUUCACAUAACACUCGUUCCAAAAUUGUCCAAUUCUUUUCCUCUUCCCGAUUAUAAUUUUAAUGUUACAACUAUCCAUCGAGUUCCUACGGCUUAUGUUAAGUAAAUAAAUGUAGUUUGCUGAAACUGAUAAAAACGUUACACCAAAACAAAACGAUGUAACGACAAAUAAGUAACAAUGGCUAACGAAUGAUAUAGUUGGGUCUAAGUUACUCUUGGUUAACAACCUAAGAGGUAAAAAACUUAAUUCGAUAUUAAAAGGGGUAGUAUUCUACAUAUAUUUAUUAUAUAUGUUUUAGAAUAUAAAAUGUGUUGAUAACGAUUAUUAAUAUCAAAUCAACGUAACAUAACGCACGAGUAUUUAAUAAAAUGCUAAUGUGCAGUGUUGAUUGCAGACUGACCACUGACAGGAAAAUCAACAACAUUGCAUUCGUUUGACAGUGCUGAAACGGAUUAUUCAAAAAUAGGGACAGUGUUCAAUCGGAUUCCACUGAAGAAGCCAACGACACCGAUUGAUUAUUUUAACAUUUUGACAUGUUGCAGUACAUACGUGUUUCUUACUAUGAUACAACAGUAGGUCUAUAUACCUACUAGUAUAUCAUGUACAGACGUAGGUUUGUACACUUAAUCUGAGUUGGGUGUAUGUACUUUCAAUCGGUAUAACAAUACUAUUGUCUCUUACAAUGGUAUAAAUAUGGUUAAGACUGGAGGGAGGGGAACUAGAAACAUCAAUUUUCCCAAUGGCCCUAUUAACAUAAUUUAUUAUACUGAUGAAGUUAAGUUGGAGAAUAUUAGGCGAUUUGCUCCUCCCCAAAUUAAAUCUAUGGUAUCUUUGACGUUGCAGUAAUUAUUUUAGAUAACCAGCUAAGUUUGUCAAAUCAUAAACUACUUAAAUUCCAGUGUCCAAUUAUAUAUUUAUCAUUGACUCCUGUGUAGAUUGUAGACUGUAUAACGUUUACACAAACAAAAAUUCAAUAUACUGCACACAUGUAGAUUGAUAUCUUCUAUAUCUGUUUGAUUAUGUAUUCGUUUCUAUAUUAACUAGAGUGUUUAUACGCAGUGUGAGAAAAAAAAAUUAUAAUUUCCAAACAUCAAUUGCUCACAAAUAUAGCUGACAAACAUAUUAUUUUGAUAUUUAAAUUGUAUAGAUAUACGUACAUCUAGUUAAUAGUUUUUAACCUUUUUAGCAUGAAUAGUAAGUUAAGACGUACAUUAUAUAACAACUGUACAUCGUUUUAAAAAAAAUUAAAAAACAACAUUAUGCACACGGUAGAUGUUGUUAAAAAAAUCGACGGGGAUGAUUCAUACAGACGUCGAUUGACCCGGCAAGUGUCUAUGCACACUCUAAAUGGCUUUAACGAACUCCGGCUGAACGUCAAGCUCUGCGAUGCGUCAUUGAUACUCGAUAACGGAGACACAUUCCCAAUACAUAGAUCGGUGUUGAGUGGUUCAAGCGAUUACUUUAGAAUACUCUUUACUACUACAUUACACGAAGGAGACUACACAAAAAUAAACCUAAAAUCGAUUGAAAGUACUACGAUGGAAUUUAUUUUGCAGUACAUUUAUAUGAGACAAAUUGAUAUAAACUAUGAAAACGUUAUGGAUAUUAUGCGGACAGCUGAUUAUUUGUGCAUAGACGGUUUGGUGCAACUCUGUCAUGAAUUUAUCGUCGAAUGUUUGGGACCUGACAAUUGUGUUUCUGUGCUACAAUUUGCCGACUACUAUUACUUUGGAGCAUUGACAAAUGCGGCGUACAAAUACAUAAUCAAAGAAUUUAUGACCAUUGCGGAACACGGCGACGAGUUAAUGAAACUCCGAAAGGAAGAAUUCAAACUAAUAAUCGAAGAUAAUCAGCUGAAUGUGAAACGGGAAGAGUGUGUUUGGGACGUGUUACUGAAAUGGGUGGACAAGGAUCCCGAAAAUAGGAAAAACGAUUUGUUGUUUCUGCUGCCCAAAGUCCGUUUUGGCCUCAUGGACUCUAAAUAUUUCAUCGAGAACGUCAAGGACCAUCAUUACAUACAAAACCGAGACGAUUGUAGGCCUUACAUAAUCGAGACCUUGAAGUUCAUGUAUGACCUACAGCUGACGUCGAGCAUGACCGAUUCCAUAGCACCGACGCUUGCGCGCCCCAGGUACCCGUUCGAAGUACUGUUCGCCAUCGGUGGAUGGAGCGGUGGCAGUCCGACCUCAAUUAUUGAAACUUACGACACAAAGUCUGAUCGAUGGACGAGGAUAUUCCAAGAGGACACACACGGGCCGAGAGCUUACCAUGGUACCAUCGUCAUGGGACCGUACAUCUACAUAAUUGGAGGCUUCGACGGGUUGGAGUAUUUCAACUCUUGUAGGAAGUUCAACACGGUGACGAAAACGUGGGAGGAAGUAGCGCCGAUGAACUGUAAGAGAUGUUAUGUCAGCGUUGCAUUGUUAAACGGCAUUAUUUACGCAAUGGGUGGAUUCGACGGCCAUCACCGGCUAGGCUCUGCAGAAAAAUAUGACUUCGAACGAAACCAGUGGACGAUGAUAGCACCUAUGACUUCCCAGAGGAGUGACGCCUGUGCAGCCGUGAUGAAUGGCAAAAUUUACAUUACCGGUGGGUUCAACGGACAAGAGUGUAUGAACACGGCCGAGACUUAUAACGUGGAACUGAACGAGUGGGCGCUAAUACCGGCCAUGCAGACCAGACGCAGCGGAGUGUCUUGUAUAACGUAUCACAACUGUCUGUACGUGAUCGGUGGUUUCAACGGGCUGGUGAGAAUGAACAGCAGCGAGAAGUUCGACCCGACCACUAACCACUGGUCGCCGGUGGUGGACAUGUGCAAUCCCCGAAGCAAUUUUGCUGUCGAGGUGCUGGAUGACAUGAUAUUUGUGGCCGGUGGUUUCAACGGAGUGACCACCAUUGCGCAGGUGGAGUGUUACAACGACCGCACGGACGAAUGGUUCGAAGCAAAAAGCAUGCAAGUCUACAGGUCAGCGCUGUCAGCUUGUGUCAUGAAAGAUUUACCAAACGUUGAGUAUUACAUGCCUCUGGACCGGGAUAGACUGGAAGAAGGCCGGAAAAACAUCGUGAGGAACAACCGACCGAACAAUAAUAACAAUGACACAGAACGCGUCGACAACGAAUCUGUCAAUACAGUCGCCACUCAAGUGGACAAUAACCUAGCCACAGAAGAAGACGACGACGUCGUUAUAGUACUCGACUGAUAGAUUGCUAGCAGCAAAAAUGACUGCAAAAUUUUCAAAAUUGUUGUAUGUAAUCGUGCAGGUUGACGAGGUAUCAAAUAUAUUUUAAAACUAUAAUAUUAUGGUUUAUUUAAAUAUUGACCAAUUAAUGAAAAUGCGGACGGUUUCGGUGACAAAUAUAUGUAAGUACCGAACCUAUUUGCCUACACUUAGGUGGCAAUUU